ACGCGCAAGCACUCACGCGAAUUACACACUCUGUCCCUACAUGAACACGCAUCAUUCCGGCCACUUGGAAAUUUCCCAUCACACCGCACAGGAUAUUAUUUUGCCGCUAAAUCAGCGGAACUCUCCGCCACGGUGCGCCCUGCGAUGCGCCAGUGGAGCGUCUGAAGCUGUGAAGAUCAGCGCACGCGCACGAAGAAGAAAGGCGGCCUUUUCCGUUUCAGCGAUAAGGUAAGUGAGCUGCAGCCCAGCCGGCCAACAUGGUGGUUCUGUCACUGAAAAUUUGCGUCCGCCACUGCAACGUGGUGAAGACCAUGCAGUUCGAGCCAUCCACAGCGGUCUACGACUCCUGCAGGAUCAUACGCGAGAGAGUUCCAGAGGCGCAGACCGGGCAGGCUUCAGAUUAUGGUCUGUUCCUAUCUGAUGAAGACCCCAGAAAAGGCAUCUGGCUGGAGUCUGGCAGGACGCUGGACUACUAUAUGCUCCGCAAUGGGGACAUUCUUGAAUACAAGAAGAAGCAGAGGCCCCAGAAAAUCAAAAUGUUGGACGGGGCGAUAAAAACCAUCAUGGUGGAUGACUCCAAAACAGUCGGGGAGCUUCUUGUCACUAUAUGCAGUAGAAUAGGCAUCACCAACUAUGAGGAGUACUCGCUGAUUCAGGAGAUGGCGGAGGAGAAGAAAGAGGAUGGGAUGGGAACGCUAAAGAAGGACAGAACGCUGCUACGCGACGAGCGGAAGAUGGAGAAGCUCAAAGCUAAAUUGCACACUGACGAUGACUUGAAUUGGCUGGACCACAGCAGAACAUUCAGGGAGCAAGGCGUGGAGGAGAGCGAGACACUCCUGCUACGUCGCAAGUUCUUCUACUCGGACCAAAAUGUCGACUCCCGAGAUCCGGUCCAACUCAAUCUUCUUUACGUGCAGGCUCGAGAUGACAUCUUGAAUGGUUCACACCCCGUGUCCUUCGACAAGGCCGGCGAGUUCGGCGGCAUUCAGGCCCAGAUCCAGUUUGGACCUUAUAUUGAGCACAAACACAAACCUGGAUUCUUAGACUUGAAGGAGUUUCUUCCAAAAGAGUACAUAAAGCAAAGAGGAUCUGAGAAGAAAAUUUUCCAGGAACACAAAAACUGUGGCGAAAUGACAGAGAUCGAAGCCAAAGUGAAGUACGUCAAACUGGCGAGGUCUCUGCGGACUUACGGAGUGUCGUUCUUCUUGGUGAAGGAGAAGAUGAAGAGCAAGAACAAGCUGGUGCCGCGCCUCCUGGGCAUCACCAAAGAGUCUGUGAUGAGAGUGGACGAGAAGACCAAAGAUGUGGUGCAAGAGUGGCCGCUCACCACUGUCAAGAGGUGGGCCGCCUCACCCAAGAGCUUCACCCUGGACUUUGGUGAGUACCAGGAGAGUUACUACUCUGUGCAGACCACCGAAGGCGAGCAGAUCUCCCAGCUCAUUGCGGGUUACAUCGACAUCAUCCUGAAAAAGAAACAAAGCAAGGAUCGUUUUGGACUGGAGGGUGACGAGGAAGCAACCAUGCUUGAGGAAUCUGUAUCGCCUAAAAAGUCCACCAUCCUCCAACAGCAGUUUAACCGCGUGGGCCGGGCUGAACACGGCUCCGUGGCGCUGCCCGGAGUGAUCCGAUCCGGCUCCAUCGGCACCGAGUCGCUCAGCGUGGGCUCCAUGCCGUCUCCUCAGCAGCAGAUCACCAUGGGUCAGAUGCAUCGUGGACACAUGCCACCGUUGAGUUCAGCCCAGCAAGCUCUAAUGGGAACCAUUAACACCAGUAUGCAGGCCGUGCAGAAGGCCCAGAUUGACCUUGGGGAGGUCGACGAUCUGCCUCCAUUAGGACAGGACAUGGCCUCCAAGGUUUGGAUCCAGAACAAGAUGGACGAAUCCAAACACGAGAUUCACUCUCAGGUUGACGCCAUCACUGCAGGAACCGCUUCCGUCGUCAACCUCACUGCUGGUGACCCGACUGACACGGACUACACGGCAGUGGGCUGCGCCAUCACCACCAUCUCUUCCAACCUGACCGAGAUGUCAAAGGGUGUUAAGCUGCUGGCGGCUUUCAUGGAAGACGAGGUGGGCAGCGGCAAUGACCUGAUGAAGGCUGCCAGGACACUAGCGGGAGCCGUGUCUGACCUGCUCAAAGCCGUGGAGCCAGCCUCUGGAGAGCCCAGACAGACGGUGUUGACAGCAGCAGGCAGCAUCGGCCAAGCCAGUGGAGACCUCCUCCGUCAGAUUGGAGAGAACGAAACCGAUGAGAGGUUCCAGGAUGUCCUCAUGAACUUGGCCAAGGCGGUGGCCAACGCCGCCGCCAUGUUGGUCCUGAAGGCAAAGAACGUGGCCCAGGUCGCAGAGGACACGGUUCUUCAGAACCGAGUCAUUGCCGCUGCCACUCAGUGUGCCCUGUCAACCUCGCAACUGGUAGCGUGUGCCAAGGUGGUGAGUCCCACGAUCAGCUCCCCGGUUUGCCAGGAGCAGCUCAUCGAAGCCGGAAAGCUUGUAGACCGCUCUGUGGAGAGCUGCGUCCAGGCUUGCCUCUCGGCCACAGAGGACGGAGAACUCCUCAAACAGGUGAGCGCGGCAGCCAGCGUGGUGAGUCAAGCUCUGGAAGAUUUGCUGCAACACGUCCGCCAGUACACCUCCAGAGGAGAGCCCAUCGGUCGCUACGACCAAGCCACUGACACCAUCAUGACCGUCACUGAGAGCAUCUUCACCUCCAUGGGAGACGCAGGAGAGAUGGUCCGUCAGGCCCGGGUGCUGGCCCAGGCCACCUCGGACCUGGUGAACGCAAUGAGGUCGGAUGCCGAAGCCGAGGUGGACCUGGACAACUCCAAAAAGUUGCUGGCGGCGGCUAAAUUGUUGGCCGAUGCCACUGCCAGGAUGGUGGAAGCGGCCAAGGGUGCAGCGGCCUAUCCCGAGAACGAAGAUCAGCAGCAGCGACUGAGGGAGGCUGCUGAGGGUCUUCGAGUGGCGACGAACGCUGCUGCUCAGAACGCCAUCAAGAAGAAGCUGCUCAACAGACUCGAGAAUGCUGCCAAGCAAGGUGCGGCGGCUGCCACGCAAACCAUCGCCGCCGCUCAGAAUGCCGCCGCCUCCAACAAGAACACAGCCGCCCACCAGCAGUUGGUUCAGAGCUGCAAGGCGGUGGCUGACCACAUCCCUCAACUGGUCCAGGGGGUGCGCAGCAGUCAGGCCAAACCGGAUGACAUCAGUGCACAACUUGCCCUCAUCAUUGCCAGCAAGAACUUCCUACAGCCGGGUAGUAAGAUGGUGACCUCCGCAAAGUCAUCGGUUCCCACGGUGACGGAUCAGGCUGCAGCCAUGCAACUGGGUCAGUGUGCCAAGAACCUGGCCACUUGCCUGGCCGAGCUGAGGACAGCUGCACAGAAGGCUCAUGAUGCUUGUGGCCCCAUGGAGAUCGACUCCGCACUCACCGCCAUCCAAACGCUGAAAAGUGAGCUGCAGGACGCCAGGCUGGCUGCCGGUAAUGCACAGCUGAAACCGCUGCCGGGAGAAUCGUUGGAGAAGUGCGCUCAGGAAUUGGGCAGCACCUCCAAGUCAGUCGGGUCCUCCAUGGCUCAGCUACUUACCUGUGCUGCACAAGGCAAUGAACACUACACAGGCAUAGCAGCCAGGGAGACAGCACAGGCCUUGAAGACGCUGGCACAGGCGGCCCGCGGAGUAGCCGCAUCCACCACCGAUCCCAAAGCCGCCGCCGCCAUGCUGGACUCUGCCCGCGACGUCAUGGAUGGAUCGGCGCUUCUCAUCCACGAGGCCAAGGAAGCACUUGCUUGUCCCGGAGAUGCUGAGAGCCAGCAGAGGUUGGCUCAGGUGGCCAAGGCCGUGUCUCAUUCACUGAACAACUGCGUCAACUGUCUGCCUGGUCAGAAGGACGUGGACAUGGCUCUCAAGAGCAUAGGAGAGGCCAGCAAGAAGCUUCUCAUUGAAAAUAUCCCACCAGCCUCCAAGACAUUUCAGGAGGCGCAGAGUGAGCUCAACCAGACAGCGGCCGACCUCAACCAGUCUGCAGGUGAAGUGGUUCACGCCUCAAGAGGCUCUAGCAGCCAGCUGGCGGUGGCGUCGGGGAAGUUCAGUGAAGACUUUGACGAGUUCCUGGACGCUGGCAUCGAGAUGGCAGGGCACACUCAGAAGAGGGACGACCAAGUGCAGGUGAUCAGUAACCUGAAGAACAUCUCCAUGGCCUCCAGCAAACUGCUGCUGGCUGCCAAGAGCCUGUCAGUGGAUCCCGCUGCGGGGAAUGCCAAGAACCUGCUAGCAGCCGCUGCAAGAGCUGUAACUGACAGCAUCAACCAGCUGAUCACGCUGUGCACUCAGCAGGCGCCCGGCCAGAAGGAGUGUGAUAAUGCUCUGAGAGAGCUCGAGGCCGUCAGAGGAAUGCUGGACAACCCCAAUGAACCCAUAAAUGACCUCUCCUACUUUGACUGCAUCGAGAGUGUCAUGGAAAAUUCCAAGGUCUUGGGAGAGUCAAUGGCGGGAAUUUCCCAGAACUGCAAGACGGGAGAUGUGAUGUCAUUUGGAGACUGUGUCAGAUUUGCGUCCAAGGCCCUGUGUGGGCUCACUGAAGCUGCUGGACAGGCAUCCUACCUAGUGGGUGUGUCCGAUCCCAACAGUCAUGCAGGCCACCAAGGAUUGGUGGACCCCAUCCAGUUUGCGAAAGCCAACCAGGCAAUUCAAACAGCCUGUCAGAAUCUUGUGGAUCCGGAAAGUAACGCCUCCCAGGUGCUCUCAGCAGCCACCAUUGUUGCAAAGCACACAUCUGCGCUGUGCAACGCCUGCCGCUUGGCCUCCUCCAAGACGACCAACCCAGUCGCCAAGAGGCACUUUGUCCAGUCGGCUAAGGAGGUAGCCAACAGCACCGCCAACCUGGUCAAAACCAUUAAGGCUCUCGAUGGAGAUUUCUCGGAUGAGAACAGGAACAGAUGUCGAGUGGCCACGGCUCCGCUCAUCGAAGCGGUGGAAAACCUGACAAUAUUUGCGUCCAACCCAGAAUUUGCGAGCAUCCCGGCUAAGAUCAGCCACGAGGGUUCUACGGCUCAGGAGCCAAUCAUCCAAUCAGCACGCUCCAUGCUUGACAGUUCCACCUACCUGCUCAAGUCUGCCCGUUCGUUGGUUAUCAACCCCAAAGACCCGCCCACUUGGUCUGUUCUGGCCGGUCAUUCCCGCACCGUCUCUGACUCCAUCAAGAGUCUCAUCACAGCCAUCCGGGACAAAGCCCCCGGCCAGCGGGAGUGCGACUCAUCCAUCGAUAACAUCAACAAAUGUAUCCGGGACAUUGAGCAGGCCUCUUUGGCUGCGGUCAGCCAGAAUUUACCCAGCAGGGAUGACAUCUCUCUGGAGGCCCUGCAAGAGCAGCUGACAUCCUCCGUGCAGGAAAUUGGCCACUUAAUCGACCCUGUUUCCACUGCUGCCAGAGGCGAAGCCUCCCAACUAGGACACAAGGUGAGCCAGCUGGCCAGCUACUUUGACCCACUGAUCAGGGCAGCAGUGGGCGUGGCAUCCAAGCUGAAGGACCACCAGCAGCAGAUGACCUUCCUGGAUCAGACCAAGACCCUGGCCGAGUCCGCCUUGCAGAUGCUGUACGCUGCCAAGGAGGGGGGAGGAAAUCGCAAGGCGUGCCACACGCACGACGCCAUCGCCGAGGCCUCCCAGUUAAUGAAGGAGGCGGUGGAUGACAUCAUGGUGACGCUGAACGAGGCUGCCAGUGAAGUUGGAAUGGUCGGCGGCAUGGUGGAUUCCAUUGCGGAGGCCAUGGCCAAGCUGGAUGAGGGAACACCACCUGAGCCCGAGGGCUCAUUCGUGGAUUACCAGACCAGUAUGGUGAAGCACUCCAAAGCUAUUGCAGUCACGGCUCAGGAAAUGAUGACGAAAUCAGUGACAUGUCCGGACGAUCUCGGAGGUCUGGCCUCUCAGGUAACGGUCGACUUCAGCCAACUUGCCGUCGACGGACGGAUGGCCGCCCACACGGCCGAGCCAGAAGAGAUCGGCUUCCAGAUCAAGACCCGAGUGCAAGAGCUGGGCCACGGCUGCAUCUUCCUGGUGCAGAAGGCCGGGGCGCUGCAGAUCACUCCCUCCGACGGGUUCACCAAGCGAGAGCUCAUCGACUGUGCGCGCACCGUCACGGAGAAGGUGUCCUUGGUGCUGUCGGCACUUCAGGCAGGCAACAAGGGAACGCAGGCCUGCAUCACAGCGGCCAGCGCCGUAUCUGGCAUCAUUGCCGAUCUGGACACCACCAUCAUGUUCGCCUCGGCUGGCACGCUCAACGCUGAGAAUGAUGAGUCCUUUGCCGACCACAGAGAAAACAUUCUGAAGACAGCCAAAGCUCUGGUGGAGGACACAAAGAUGUUGGUGUCAGGUGCCGCUUCCAGUCAGGACAAGUUGGCGCAGGCCGCGCAGUCAUCUGCCAAAACCAUCACCCAGCUCACUGAUGUGGUCAAACUAGGCGCGGCCAGCAUUGGUUCCGAUGAUCCAGAGACACAGGUGGUUCUGAUAAAUGCUGUCAAAGAUGUCGCCAAGGCACUGGCAGAGCUCAUCAGUGCCACCAAGUGUGCCUCCGGUAAAGCGGCGGACGACCCGUCCAUGUACCAGCUGAAGGGCGCGGCCAAGGUGAUGGUGACCAAUGUGACGUCCCUGCUGAAGACGGUGAAGGCCGUUGAGGACGAGGCCACGCGAGGCACCCGAGCGCUGGAGGCCACCAUCGAGUGCAUCAAACAGGAAAUGGCGUUGUUCCAGUCCCGGGACCCUCCACGGAAAACAACCACGCCCGAAGAGUUCAUCCGCAUAACCAAAGGCAUCACUUUGGCGACAGCCAAAGCGGUGGCCGCCGGCAACUCGGCCCGACAGGAGGACAUCAUCCACACGGCCAACCUGAGCCGCAAGGCCAUUUCCGACAUGCUUGCCAGCUGCAAGCAAGCGGCGUAUCAUCCUGACGUCAACGAGGAAGUGAAGAAUAGGGCGCUGAGAUUUGGAUCAGAGUGUACCACUGGGUACAUCGAUCUACUUGAACAAGUUCUCAUGGUGUUGCAGAGGCCCACUCCUGAGCAGAAGCAGCAGCUGGCUGGAUGUUCAAAACGAGUGGCCGGAGCGGUCACAGAACUCAUCCAGUCUGCGGAGGCCAUGAAAGGUUCUGAGUGGGUGGACCCCGAGGAUCCGACAGUGAUUGCGGAGACGGAGCUGCUCGGGGCAGCGGCGUCCAUUGAGGCGGCUGCAAAGAAGCUGGAGCAACUCAAACCUCGAGCCAAGCCCAAGUUGGCAGACGAAACGUUAAACUUUGAGGAGCAGAUCCUGGAGGCGGCCAAGUCCAUCGCCGCCGCCACCAGCGCCCUGGUCAAAUCCGCCUCGGCCGCCCAGAGGGAGCUGGUGGCUCAAGGCAAAGUGGGCUCCAUUCCCGCCAACGCCGUAGACGACGGACAGUGGUCCCAGGGGCUCAUCUCGGCUGCACGUAUGGUGGCAGCGGCCACGAGCAACUUAUGCGAAGCGGCCAACGCGUCCGUGCAAGGCCACGCCAGCGAGGAGAAGCUCAUCUCGUCAGCCAAGCAGGUGGCCGCCUCCACUGCACAGCUGCUGGUGGCCUGCAAGGUCAAGGCUGACCAAGACUCUGAAGCCAUGAGGAGACUGCAGAUUGCUGGCAAUGCAGUCAAGAAGGCAUCCGACAACCUGGUUCGAGCCGCUCAGAAGGCGGCAUUUGAUAAAGCUGACGAAGACAACGUGGUGGUCAAGACCAAGUUCGUGGGAGGGAUUGCACAGAUCAUCGCUGCUCAGGAGGAGAUGCUGAGGAAGGAGCGUGAGCUGGAGGAAGCCCGCAAGAAGUUGGCUCAGAUCCGACAGCAGCAGUACAAGUUCUUGCCGAGUGAACUGCGCGAGGACAACAACUAAACCAAACACACAAACCAACGAUCCCUUGAAAUGUCUCCUCUGCUGUGAGACUUGUUGGAAGCGAACAGUUCCGCGUUGUCUUCAAAAUGAAGGCUUUUGAGACAAACACGAUUGUCUCCUCGUACGACAACGCAGCUACUUCGACUGAUCUCAAACCGAUUGUGACCCGAUUGGGAGUGACCUUAUGAAAUGUUUUAUUCACAAAUGAUUGUUUACCCGCAUUGAGAAGUUCCCAUGUUGUGUGAAAGCCUCUUUAAUGGCCAUGAGAAGUUACAUUAACUCAUUGACGAAGGAUGGUUUUACACAGUUGUCACUGUAAAUUUGACUCAUGGACAUUUUCUGUGUUAACCCCCCCCCCCCCCCCCCCCCAACAUGCAACAUGAUCUGCAUGUUUAUCUUCGACCUUUAAUCUACAAUGUGCAGCCUUUUAGACUCAAAGGUGACUUAUAGAGACUGGGAAGGAAUAUUUAUUUUUAUUUUGAGGGUGCUUUUUUUUGUCGCAGAAAUCUUUCACCUCCAAUUUUGUAAUCACACUUUGGGGAAAUUAAUCUGAUGCAAUAACAAGGAUCGUGCUGUAGAGGGCAGUGUCGGUGUCCUGUGUCGAUCAAUGCAAAGUACCAACUAUAAUUAAAAAUGCUUAAUGUCCCUUCUACCGCGAAAUAAGUUGAAAUUUGUUAGAUUGGCUGGCAAUGAGAAAUACCUCAAAAUAUUGCGUCUUCAUCUUUUUCAAUAGUUUUUGCGUAUUUUAAUAACUUUAAGACUGAAGGCAUCUCGGCAGAAAUCAAACGCAAUUCUGCAACAUGAAUUGAAAAAGCAAUCUUUAUUUUUUUUAAAUGAAGGGUAUGGCUUUAUGAAUAUACUACCUGCAAUAGAUGAGCCCUUUGUUUACCAAAAUGUGAUUAUAAUUGGCUUUUUGCCUUACCUUAUGUCCUGUGUUACAACAUACUGUAAUUUACAUGUAGGCUGGAUGUUCAGGUCAGCGCAUGGCUUCAAGUGCAUCAUCAAAUCUAUAUGGAUGCACAAAUACCUUGACGUAACUUUAAAAUGGACAUUUUUCGCGUGUGUGUGUUUGUGUGUGUGUGCGCGCGCUCAUAAUGUUAUUUUUAUUAUUAGUGCCUUAGUCCAUAGCCUAUACAGUCUCUACAGUGGUGUGUGUGUGUGUGUGUGUGUGUGUCAGUGGAAGCACAAGCAUUUUUGGCAUUGAAUGUCAUUUGUUGUUGUUCUGGGUGUUAACUUCAUCCAAGUCUCGAAUGACUUGCAUCCACAAAGCCACUCUUCACGGUGACACAUUUAAUGGCUUUUUUUUUUUUGAGGGGGGGUAGUGAUAUGGAACUGGUUCAAUGCAAUAUAAUCAUGUUGCAACUUUCUGACACAUUUAAAAGCUCUUCAGGUGGCUGAUGAGAAAAGUUCACUACAUUUACAUGGUGCUUGUUAAUUUUGAAUCACGCAAAAAAUUUUGGGAGAUGAUACAACUGCCAGACGGGAUUUUCAUCAUGUUCCUCGUCAGUUUGAUACUUUUUUAGAGGGGUGUCAAAGUGGUUCGCUGCAUUUUCAUGAAGGUUUUCACCAUUCUGCCUCAUGUAAGUUCUUUCUAUACGUAACGGGUCACUGCAAUGUCAUGGGGUCUCAACAUCGUGACACAUUUUAAAAAUUUUAUAAGGAUGUUAUCAGUAAUUUACUGCAUUUCCUUGAUGUUGCUCUCUCACACUGACUUCAGGAUUUUUUGGGGGGUUGAUGACAAUGUUGCAUUGCUUUUUUUUUUUAAUCGUAUCAUGAUUCUCAAAGAAGCAUUUCUGAGGACUGGAUUUCAUCAAGUUCCUUGUGUAUGCCCUUUUGGGGCAUGGUAGGACUGCAUGUUCAUCAUGUCUUAAUUUCUGACAUGCAAGACCUUUUAAGGAGAUGAGCAAACUGGUCUGCUAUAUUUUGAGUUAUCUCAUCCUUCUGACUCAUUUACAGACUUUUUUUAUGAUGCUAAUACUGCAUUUCCACAUUGUUUCUCAUCAUUAUGACACAUUUAAAGGCCUUAUUGAGUUAUGCUGGUACUGUUUCACUGUGGGCCUUUUUUCAUAUGAUCAUAGUGAAACCUAGAUCUGGCAGUCUUUGGUUUUAAAACCAAUGCAAACUGGAUUUGUUUGUCAGUCAAUCAGCCCCUUUUCGAAUGUGUUGACUACAGAGGCGUUGUAUGAAUGAGUAGCUUCCCUCCCAUCGCCUCCGAUAGCCUUGAUACUUAAGUUCUGUUACAUAAACAUUUGUCACCAUUAGAAUGGUGUGAGACAUUUUACAGAUGUUGUAUGUGUUACCUUUAACAGAUAGACAGUAAAGAUGGCAUAUAUAAGAUAUUUAUCCGGUCACGAUAAAAAUUAUUUUUUUGUAUUUACUGGAAAUAAAGUGUUGCAUUGUGUCAACGGC